AUGGCGGGCAUUCGUGAAAGACACAAAGUUAUAAAAGGGCAUGUAAACUCCUUGUCAAGUCUAGGAACAGAUACGUCUUGGACUUUGGCACCAGAUGAACAGGCUGAAUGCUCGGAAUCUCGUUAUACAAAAUGGCAAAAUAUGCAAAAAUAUGAAGACAUACCUUUCGACUCAAUUGGUUUCAAAAACUCAGAGCCAGAAUCUACUAUAAGAACCAGGAUUUGGGCAUCUUUAAGGUACCAAACCCUUUUUAGGACCAUCUCCGGCUUCAGCAACUACGAAAAAGCACUCAAGAUACUAUACUAUCUGGAAAAUUAUAAUCUUGAGAGGGAAUUCCUUGUAGAGCCAGCUGACCUUGAAGAUGAGUUAGAUGCGUUCUCGAGGAGGAAGUUUCGAUUACUUGUAUCCAUGCAAAGAUAUCAACAUUUGAGAGAUGAAGAUUUAGUGGCUACACAACUCACGGCCGAAUGUUUUCCUAACUUGCAUAUUUCUUACAUUGAAGCAGAAGAGACAGAAACAGGCACAUGUUACUAUUCUGUAUUGCUAAAUUCCACGAAUGAAAGAGCAGAAGAAAGCGAAGAUAUAAGGUUCAGGAUAAAGCUUUCUGGAGAUCCAAAGCUAGGGGACGGGAAGUCUGACAAUCAAAAUCAUUCCAUCAUUUUUCACAGAGGGGAGUACAUUCAAGCGAUUGAUUCUAACCAGGAUAAUUACAUCGAGGAAUGUUUAAAGAUAAAGUCUGUUUUAGCUGAAUUUGAAGAGCUAGACUUGGAUCCUACUUUCGAAUAUGUUCCUGGAAUGAGCCAUGUAACACAAAAGCCAAGAGUGGCCAUGGUUGGUGCUAGGGAAUACAUUUUCUCAGAAAAUAUUGGAGUGCUAGGAGAUGUCAGUGCUGGAAAAGAGCAGACAUUCGGGACAUUAUUUGCUAGAACAUUGUCCAAAGUCAAUGCUAAACUUCACUAUGGCCACCCGGACUUCAUCAACUCUAUUUUCAUGUUCUCUAGAGGCGGAAUUUCUAAGGCCCAAAAAGGCUUGCACUUGAAUGAGGAUAUUUAUGCUGGGAUGAAUGCAGUAGGCAGAGGAGGGAUCGUAAAACAUUGUGAUUACUAUCAGUGUGGAAAAGGAAGAGAUUUGGGAUUUGCUACGAUCCUCAAUUUCAACACGAAAAUAGGAGCUGGAAUGGGUGAACAAACACUUUCCAGAGAAGUGUUUUACAUGGGUACAAGACUCCAUGUUGACAGAUUUUUGUCAUUUUACUAUGCUCAUGCUGGCUUCCACUUGAACAAUGUCUUUAUCAUUCUUUCAGUAAGUCUUUUCCUAGUGAUAUUGGUCUUCUUGGGGUCCUUGAGGUACGAGUCAAUAUUAUGCAUCACGGAAACUGCUUCAUCGACUGUGGAAGCUAAUAUUCCAUACGGAUGCCGUAAUCUUGUGCCUGUUCUCGAGUGGAUGAACAGAUUUGUUCUUUCUAUGUUCAUUUGUUUCACGAUUUCUUUCCUUCCCAUCACCGUCCAGGGAAAUAACCGAAAAAGAUGUGCUAAAUACAUUGAAAAGAGUAACACACCAUUUCUUCUCCUUGGCGCCUUUGUUUGA